UUGGCGGAGCAGGACUCGCACCCGGCGCUGCGCUCCGUCUGUCUGUCCAUCGGAGGAGGAUGAUCCGGGCGUUCUCGUUCCCCGCCAGCCCGGAGCGGAGCCGGCUCCGCGGCUGGCUGGAGGGCACCUUGGCCGGCUUGUGCGAGCUGCAUCUGCUCCGCGAGCGCCAGGAGCGCCGUGUCCGGCAGGCGCUGCGCCUCGCCGCCGAAUCCCCGAGCAAGCAGGGCGAUGUCGAGGCUGGAGGCGGCGACGCGGCUCCGGAGGACCAGCUGGAUGCCCUGCCUGGAUUGAUGUGGGAGCUGGAACAGCAACUGGGGCUGCUGAGACUAUACCCUGAGAAGACCUGCGGGGAGGCAGGCGAGACAGACAGCUGGCCCAGUUCAGGUUUCUACGAGGGGGCACAGUCGGCGGUGGCCUCCGAUUCUCCUGCCUCUGGGUUUGGGGAUUCCUCUUCCGGCUUCCCGUCAGCCUCAGGGUCCUACUCCCGGAUCGGCCGACCUGAGUCCCGUCUGGGCUACGCCAAUGAGCGCCCCAAGUCUGUGGGCGAUGUGGGUAACAGCAGCAAAGAUGGGCCCCAUCGGAGCACAGUGCCCCGCUCCUUCUCUGCCCCCUACUCCAGUUCCUACGACUACGCCGAGGAGCCCGCUGGCUACCCACCAGACCCUUUCCUGUACCCCAGCCCUCUCCAUGCCGUGGCCCUGCAGAACCCCUUGCUGCGGAGCCACCUCUACGAAGACCCUGCUUUCUCUUCGGCUGCCUCCCAGGCCUACCCCGCAGAUGGGGAUGGGGGCCUGGAUGCCUACGGCGGUGAGUUCCAGUUCUACUCGGAAGCUGCCGCCUCACACUGCCACAAAGUGGAGAGCUACAUCUCUCGCCUCGUCCGCCGCCGCAGCCAGCUGGUGAGGGGCAGCAAGCCCCGGACGAGCCUGGGCUCGGAGCCGCCUGCCAAGGGCGCCGUGGCCAGGCAAAACAGCCUGUGCAAGAGGCCCCUGGAGCUUCUCCCCCCGCCGGCUGAGCGCAAACACCCUCCGGCCGUGGAGAGGGGCAGCAGUACCCCUUCGCCCUGCGGCCAUGAAGGGGGCGCCGCCGCAGCCACGCGGAUCUGGUCCUCGUGGGAUGCCGCAGCCGAGAGGACGCUGGCGGCCAAAGCAGCCUCUGAGGACUACAGCCCGCCCCACGCCAGCCUCAAGAAGCCCCCCAAGCUGCAGGCCUUGGCCCAUAUGAGACCUCCGUCUGCUGACCAGUAUGAAGCAGCCUAUCCAUCGUCCCCGCUGUUGGAUAGAGACGAUGGAGUCGCCCCUAGUAGCAAUCAGGACCUGGGCUCCUAUGAGUCUGAGGACGGGGCCUGCCUCAUGGUCAAGGCUCACUACAUCCCAGCUCAGCAGCCUCCCCGGGCACAGCAGGCCCUGCGGCCUGGCAAAAAAAAGCCCCCUCCCCUGACCAAGGGGCGCUCUGUGGAACUGUCACCGGAGCGGGCCCCCUUGCUGCCCAGGGAGCGGCCGCGGGUGUCGGCACUCCCCAAGAAAUGCCGCUUCAGCGAGGAGGGCGGCGGUGAGGCCGCAGGGAGGAAAGGGGGCGGCCGGAAAAGCUCCCCCAGGUCAAGGAAGGCGGCUCGCUCGCAGUCGGAGAACAGCCUCCUCAACAAACCGGGGGUCAAGUAUGGCACGGCUGAGCGGGACGAGGCCGCCAGCAAGCCGGCCCGCCCGAGGCGGCCUCAUGGCAACGUGGCCAGCGGCUACCGCAAGUGGCGCUCGACGGCGGAGAUCUGCCAGGAGGAGGCCCCCGGCGGGAGCGCCGCCGAGCCAUGCCGGGGCCGUCAAGGGGCUGGGCCAGUGGGGUACAGCUAUGCUGGGAGCGACUCCGAAUGCUCAGCUGAACCGGCCCGGCAAGCGCCCAUGUGCCGCCUGGAGGAAGGCCUUGUUUACGGAGACAGCGAGUCGAGCCUGAGCGACGGGGACUCGCCUGCAGCCUACAGCAGCGGGGCGUCCAGCGACACGGACGAGAGCGGCGGCCUGGUGUGGCCACAGCAGCUCUCUCCUCAGCUCAUAUCAGCCUCCGGGCCGGGGAAGGCUGUGGGCGGGCAGCCCAAGGUCUUCGUCAAGAUCAAGGCCUCGCAUGCGCUGAAGAAGAAGAUCAUGCGCUUCCGCUCGGGCUCCCUCAAAGUCAUGACGACUGUGUGAAGGAGGACGGCCUUUCGUCCCUCUUUCGGCAGAAAGGUCUCCCUCGAAUGCACCCCACAUUCCCCCCAACAUCCGGUCCGGCUCCAGCCCUGGGACUGAGUGAUCUGCUUCACUUCUGUCCCUCAGGGAAAACCUGGGGAAGUUAACACUGCCUUUGAACAGAGUUUGGGGUGCCCAUGAUUCUUAACUCUCUUUUCCCAGCUGCACAAAAAAUCGCUAAAAUGGUUUCCCUCCCUCUCGCUCCCUCUGCUGUCACCCCUUUCUAAUCCCGUCCAUUUUUAAAAGAGAGGUAGUAUUUAUUAUGGUUUUUGUACAGUUAACUUCUCAGGAGUCCAGGUUUCUCGUUGCAAAACUCUCGAGUCUGCAUUGACACUGCCAAUCUUGUAUUCCUGUAAAGAUAUCCUUUCUCUCUGUGUAAAUAAAAUUCAGUGUUUUGUUUCUUGGGGGGUGUUUUUUUGUGGAUGAUGUCUUUUUGGUCAACAACUUGCCUGUAAAGGAGGAUUGCUUUAA